AUUUUCAUUCAUUCUUCAUUCGUUCAUGUGAAAGGUGUAAUAAGUGAAUCGGGCGUGGAGGAAAAGUCUUUUUUAGAUUAGUUUUUUCUUUAAUAAAAGAAAAAAUUACAAACCGGAACUUAUGAGGAAAAGUGCACGCGGUGGUAAACUUUUAAUUAAUUGAAUUUGAUUGUUAACUACAGUGAAUAUAAAUUUAACAAAAAGUUGUGCUAAUAUUCGUCGCGACGAAUGAAGUAGAAAAUUUCAUACAAUUUUCUUGUGGCAGUUUUCAGUUGUCUACCUGCCGCAGCCGCUACCAAUAACGGCGGCAACAACAACAGUACCAAUAAAUACUUGAGCGGUAGUGCGAGCACCAACAACAUAUCCGCUCCAAACUCCAUUUGUGUGUUUGUUGGGUGCUGCCGUCAUCGUCGCCAUCAGCACCAGUGCCGUGCCGCCUCCCAAAUGGCUGAGACGUGGAAAAUUGCUAAUUUUUAAAAGAAAUUUUUUACUCGAAGCAUUAAACAAAGAAAAAGGUCGGUGGAAAAUGAAAAUUUCGUGAGAAGUUUAGGAGAAAUAGUGAAAGCAGCAAAAGGAGUACUUGAAAACGAAAAAGAGAGAAGCCGCUGUUGCUGCUGCUCCCCACCCCAAAUAAGGUGGUAAAUUCGAAACAAAUUUUAUAAAUGCAAAAUUGCUAAAAACAAACUAAAUUCACCAUCGAUUAUUAUAAUUUCUUUGUGUGUGUGCGUGUUUUCUAAAAAGUGAGAUAAUUCCAAUUUUUUGCAUUUAGAAACUUGGCGAAAAAAUUCCAAACAUAAAGCAAAGAUAAUAAGUAGAAGUAGAUGUAAUAAAGUGAUUAAACUAGCGAUGAAUAUGAUAAAUGAAUAAAACAGGAGAAGAGAAGAACAUAAAACGAAGUGAAACGAAAAAAUAUAAAGUGUGAGACCUAAGUGAAUUACAAUAGAAUAGAAUUAAAUAAAAUACAAAAAAGUGAAUAAUAAAAAUAAAAGACAACUAGAGAAUAAAAAUAAAAGAGAAUUACUGCUUUAAAAGGCAGAUAAGUGAACACACACGCAAAAAGGAAGGGAAAUAACAGAAAAUAGCAAAUCAAAAUGGCGCACCAACAGCAACUUGCCCCAUCUGUGAACUGCUCAUUGGAUGAUAUCGAUUUGAAUGCAUUGAAGGAUCCCGCUGGCAUCUUUGAGCUCAUCGAAGUCGUCGGUAAUGGCACCUAUGGGCAAGUCUACAAGGGUCGCCAUACGAAAACUGGUCAAUUGGCUGCCAUAAAGGUGAUGGAUGUCACCGAAGAUGAAGAGGAAGAAAUUAAAUUAGAAAUCAAUGUGCUUAAGAAAUACUCAAAUCAUCGCAAUAUUGCAACAUAUUAUGGCGCUUUUAUUAAGAAAUCUCCACCGGGUAAAGACGAUCAAUUAUGGCUGGUCAUGGAGUAUUGUGGUGCCGGCUCCGUAACCGAUCUGGUCAAAACGACAAAGGGACAGAGUCUCAAGGAGGAAUGGAUUGCGUAUAUUUGUCGUGAAAUAUUGCGUGGUCUCAGCUAUUUGCACACAAAUAAAGUUAUACAUCGUGAUAUCAAGGGACAAAACGUGUUGCUGACAGACAAUGCCGAGGUGAAACUCGUGGAUUUUGGUGUAUCAGCACAAUUGGAUCGCACGAUAGGACGGCGAAACACAUUCAUAGGCACACCAUAUUGGAUGGCACCCGAGGUGAUUGCCUGUGAAGAAAAUCCGGAAGCCACAUAUGACAACCGUUCCGAUUUGUGGUCCUUAGGUAUAACCGCAUUGGAAAUGGCUGAAUGCCAGCCACCUUUGUGUGACUUACAUCCGAUGCGUGCACUAUUCUUAAUUCCACGCAACUCACCGCCACGUCUAAAAUCGAAAAAGUGGUCGAAGAAAUUUCACGGAUUCAUUGACACAGUUCUUGUGAAAGACUACCAUCAGCGGCCUUACACAGAGCAAUUACUAAAGCAUGCAUUCAUCAAGGAUCAGCCCACAGAUCGUCAGGUGCGAAUACAAUUGAAGGAUCACAUCGAUCGUUGCAAGAAGCGAAAGCAGGAGAAAGAUCGAGAUGAUUUUCACUAUUCCGGUUCGGAUAAUGAUGAUGAUGAGCCGCAAAUUGCUGGUGAACCCAGCUCCAUCAUUCAAGCACCAGGCGGUGAUACCUUACGACGCAAUUUCCAACAGAUACAGGAGGGACGUAACGCUGCUGAAUUACAGCAACAACAAAAAAUGGCCGCGGCUGCUGCAGCUGCACAAGCACAGGCUCAGGCACAAGCACAGCUGCCGCAAGCAAAUCGCAACCAGAAACCACCAUCGCGUGAGCAAAGGCAACAAAUCGAAGAGCCAGGUCCACCAUCACGCCCGGCUUUGCCGCAACGCGUCAUUGUGGUGCCCGAUCCACCGCUUGCAAAUCCACCACAUGCCAAUCGACCAUUACCACCAACUCCGAAAAGCGCCGAACCCACUGCUCAAACGCCACAACAACAACAGCGUAAUUCGCAAAAUAAUUUCAAACCAUCGUUGCCACCAAGGAGACCUGAGGAUUUGGACAUGAUAGCAGCACAACUUAAUGAAUUGGGCAUCUCUCAACAGCCGCAACCGCAAACCGUUUUCGGACAGUCGCAAUCACAAUUACAACAACAGGCCCAACCGGAGGCGCCACCACGUAAUAAUCGCCAAUCGGUGCCACCGUCAUCAUCAUCACAGAUGAAAUCGGCCCCAGCCGUACCGCCGUUAUCCAAUAAUCAUCAUCAUGUGCAACCGAUAAAUCCAUUAGAUCCGCUGGAUAGCAGCGAUACGGAUAGCGAGCCGGAUGAGCCCAACGAACGUGGACGCAACGAUGGCACACUGUUGGCCAGUGAUCCACCAAAGCCACUGCCUGGACAUGGACCCGUCUCCGAGGAGACAACGAGCACACCAAUCAGUCAUGGCAGCAGUAGCGGCGGGGGUGGCGGACCACCAAAUCGCCCAUUGCCACCCACACCCGAUGACGACGAUCAGGCUGGCGAUCGUACAUUGAUCAUGAAGCGGAAACUCGAAAAUCAAAACAAAAUCCAAAAGUCUGCCUCCACCACAUGUGCCAAUCGUCCGACCAAAGAUGAAGCUGUACUCAUGCGCGAAUGGGAUAUUGAGAAGUUCUUUCCGAAUCGUGACGGCGCCAAUGCCAUAUCCAAUUCGAGCACGCUGAAAGCCGACCAGAAGCUGCUGCAUCGCAGUAGCGUGUCAGAGAUGAUGCGUCGCAAUUCACACCAUCAAUCGCCGCCAACAACCAAACUACCACAACAACAGCCACCACCCGUGCCACAAGGCUUCCAGCCACUAAAAGGAACCAAAGAGCCACAACAGCCACAGCCGCAACCGCGCGGCAGCACCAGCACUAGCAGCGCAAGCGCACAAAAAACCAGUCACAGCAGCAGCACUAACACCGGCGCACAAAAGGCACAACCACAGCAGCUGGUGCACAAGCGACAGGAGUCCGAUUCGAAAUUGCCCAAUUUCAUGCGCAGUUUUAGGCGUGAAAAUUCCGACUUCUUUCCGCAGAUCAAACGCUACUCGGCUGUGCUGGGCAACAGUAGCAAUUUGAGCUCACCGCAGCUGGUGCAGGCACAACGUGCCAGCGUUAUGCUACCGCGUGGCAGUAUAUAUAACAACAACAAUAAUAAUAAGACGGAAACUACGACGACUACCGAGAAUAAGCCAAAGGAGAAGAGUACAAGUGGUAUGACUACUAGUGCGACGACUACUUCCACAACAGCAACAACAACAACAGCCAAUAGUGCUUCCAAUGCUGCCAAGCAGCAACAAGUGCCAACAGCGCAACAACAAGCCACACCAAAGUCAAACAGCACUACAAGUGCCAAUAAGCCAAACAACGGUAGUGCUGCUGCUGCUGCCAAUGGUAGUGGUAAUAGCGGGUCGGCGCAACCGCAAGCCGACAAAACAGGCUGGUUCAACAAUUUGACGCCGCGACCCCGACGCGAAAAGACUGAAUCGGUAAUAGUUUUGCAAAACUCCGCAGCUAGACAGCAGUCAUUCCUGGCGCAACUAAUACAACAGCAGCAGAAUCGUAGCAGUGAAAAUAGCGGUCUCGGCACUCCCGGCACACGCACCAGCAGCGUCUUACCCGAUUUGCUUAGUCAAGCUUCGCCGGCAACACCACCGCGUCAUGAUAAAUCGUCUAGCGAGGAGUAUCAAGCGGCCAUCAACUCAUCAGUGCAUUCCACGCCAUCAAAGUCGUUUAUCAGUUCGAACAAUUCGCCGCAGUCGACAAUAUCAUUGUCGUCCACGUCGCGGCAGAAUAGUCCGAAAAAUUCAAUUAGCAAAACUAGAUCUACCAGCAGUAUUACUAAUUUAUUGCACAAAUCUGCUUCUUCUUCUUCCAACAUUUCAACGCCGCCAUCAUCAUCCUGCAAUUUGCCACCGCACGCCUAUGCGCUGCAACAGAAACAGCGCAGUUUCCUCACAUUCGGUUUUGGUGCUGGCGGCUCGGGACCAACGCGUCGUGAAUCGCACAUAAAUGUGAAUGUGACGCCGACAUCGCAUGAGGCGACCAGCGACACACCAGAAAUACGUAAAUACAAGAAACGUUUCAAUUCGGAGAUAUUAUGCGCAGCAUUGUGGGGUGUCAAUCUGUUGAUCGGCACCGAGAAUGGUCUAAUGCUGCUGGAUCGCUCCGGGCAGGGAAAGGUGUAUCAACUGAUCUCGCGUCGUCGUUUCCAACAAAUGGAGGUGCUAGAGGGUCAAAAUAUUUUGGUUACCAUAUCUGGAAAGAAGAAUCGUGUGCGCGUUUAUUAUUUGUCAUGGCUGAAAUCGAAAAUCCUACGUACCGAUGGACUUUCUGAUCAAGUGGAACGUCGCAAUGGCUGGAUCAAUGUUGGUGAUUUACAAGGUGCUGUACAUUUUAAAAUUGUGAAAUACGAAAGGAUUAAGUUCCUAGUGAUCGCAUUAAAAGACUCGAUUGAAAUUUAUGCAUGGGCCCCCAAGCCAUAUCACAAAUUUAUGGCAUUUAAGAAUUUCGGCGAUUUAGAGCAUCGUCCGUUAUUAGUUGAUCUCACCAUAGAGGAUCAAUCACGUCUUAAAGUGAUUUAUGGUUCUGCCGAGGGUUUCCACGCUGUAGACUUGGACUCCGCUGAAGUAUACGAUAUUUAUCUUCCUAAACAUACUCAUGAUGCAAUCAUUCCGCAUUGUAUAGUGGCGCUUCCAAAUUCGAAUGGCAUGCAGCUCUUGUUGUGCUACGACAAUGAAGGUGUCUAUGUAAAUACGGUUGGACGAGUUUCAAAGAAUAUUGUUUUGCAGUGGGGUGAAAUGCCGACAUCUGUGGCCUACAUUGGUACAGGACAAAUCAUGGGCUGGGGCAAUAAAGCAAUAGAGAUUCGUUCGGUCGAAAGCGGUCAUUUGGACGGUGUGUUUAUGCACAAAAAGGCACAGCGCUUGAAAUUCCUGUGCGAACGCAAUGACAAGGUGUUCUUUAGUAGUGCCAAAGGUGCAUCAUCAUGUCAAAUCUACUUCAUGACACUCAACAAGCCAGGCAUGGCCAAUUGGUAAACAGUCAGACAGAGAAUUCCAAGGAUUCGAAGUGAUAUAAUUGCGCAACGUAGUAACACGUACGAUUAAAAAAAAAAAAACAAAAAACAAA